AUGGCACCAAAAAAAAUAACCAAAAAAAUUAAUACGAAAAUAUAUUCAAUAACAAAAGCCGAAUUUCUUUCAGGACAAAAUAUAGAAAAUAUGACACAUUUAUCAAGUAAUACACCAGAAAUAUAUUCCACGAAUGAUAAAGUUUUAAAUACAAAUGAAAUAUUUAAAUAUCCGAAAGCAAAUGAAGAUUUCAACUGGAAACAAUCAUUUAAUAUGUCACCAGUACUGACCGUGUUCCCGGAAUCAUGUUCCGAUAAUGAUGACAAUAACACGACAACUACCAACUCGUAUCCCGUGACACCGACUACAUUAGCGGCAUCACCGGUAUCAUUUACACUCGUUCAACAUUAUGAAGACGUAAAUAAUUUUAAGCACGAAAAUCAUGAAAAUAGUCGACCUAUAACACCACCACUUGAAAAAGAACAAGCAACGAAAACUAGCAAUCCAAGCAAAAGGCGCAGUAAAAGAACACGAGAAGAAUACCUCGCGAAAUUUAAAUUACCAAUUAAUGGAAUUGCAACUAGGACACGAAAUCGAACGCAAAAUACUGCUGCGGAUCGUACGGACCUAGCCGAGCAAACACGGAGGAAGCCGAUGAACACUACGACAGGAGUAGUGAAAAGUAAGAAUCCUAAUUAUCCGAUUCCAAUAUCUAAAGAAGAAGUAAGAAAAAAAUGGAGUACGGAUAAUCAAAAAAUAUUCCUUGCAACAUAUUUAUGCAAUGGAAAAGAUUUUGCUGGUAUUGCACAAAAAACCGGAAAAAAAUCUACCGAAGUGGUAGAAUAUUAUUAUAUGUUUAAACAUAACAAGGAUUUUAGAGCAGCUAAAGAAAUGAUGAGAGAAAAUCAAGCAUAUGAAGAAUACCUUGGAUCAAUCGAAGCGGAAAUGAAAGCUAUGGAAAAAAUGGCUCAAUCUUAUGCACCAAAAUUUUCUGGUAAGAAGAAAGGUGUACCCGGACGACCGAAAAGAUCAAACGGAAAAUCAAAAUCCAAAAAAUAA